AUGUGUCUCCCAAACCUCUUUUCCAGGAAGCAAACCCAAGACCACCCGCACGAGGAAACAACACCACAGCCAUCACCAGCUCAGCAGCCCAAGGGUCGCAGAACAGCCGAAGCCACCGCUCGGCUAGAUAAGAGCAGAUUCUCAAGCACCAGAAGGCCAAGAAGAGGCUCGUCCGAGAAGAACCAAGCCGGCGCAGAUUACACUCCAGGCGGGCAUGCGGCUUCUUCACCGUCCACUGGAGGGCCCGAAGGGCAACAUGGAGGCAUCUAUGGAGGUGUUCAGGGGGGUUUGUAUUCGGGAGUGAGUGGAGGAGGAGGAGGAGCGAAUGGAGGUGUGUCGGGUGGCGUGUACGGUGGCGUGUACGGGACUUCAGGGGGAGGAGGGCUGGGGACGACGCCGGGAGGAGGGUAUGGGGCAUUACCGGGAGGGACAUAG